GCCGAGCUGGGAGAAGGGAGCCAGCGAGCAGACGGCAGGCGAGGUCUGCGCGAGGAGCAGGCGAGCGGGAAGACGAGACGCAGCCACCUUCCUCACCAGCCAGCCCGCCGCGGUUUGUUCCCUACCUCGGGAGUGCGCCAAUGCCUGGUCCGACCCAAACCCUGUCCCCAAAUGGCGAGAACAACAACGACAUCAUCCAGGAUAACGGGACCAUCAUUCCUUUCCGGAAGCACACAGUGCGCGGGGAGCGUUCCUACAGUUGGGGAAUGGCGGUCAAUGUGUAUUCUACCUCGAUAACCCAAGAGACUAUGAGCAGACAUGACAUCAUCGCAUGGGUUAAUGACAUAGUAUCGUUAAACUACACAAAAGUGGAACAGCUCUGUUCAGGGGCUGCUUAUUGCCAGUUCAUGGACAUGCUCUUUCCAGGCUGCAUUAGUUUGAAGAAAGUAAAAUUUCAAGCAAAGUUGGAGCAUGAGUAUAUUCACAAUUUUAAACUUCUGCAAGCAUCGUUUAAGCGAAUGAAUGUUGAUAAGGUGAUCCCGGUGGAGAAGCUGGUGAAGGGGCGUUUCCAGGACAACCUGGAUUUCAUUCAGUGGUUUAAAAAAUUCUAUGAUGCUAACUACGAUGGGAAGGAGUACGAUCCUGUAGAAGCACGGCAAGGGCAAGAUGCGAUCCCUCCCCCUGACCCUGGCGAACAGAUCUUCAACCUGCCGAAAAAGUCUCACCACGCAAACUCCCCCACCGCAGGCGCAGCUAAAUCAAGUCCGGCAUCUAAGCCAGGAUCUACACCUUCUCGUCCCUCAUCAGCCAAAAGGGCUUCGUCCAGCAGCUCAGCAUCCAAAUCUGAUAAAGAUUUAGAAACACAGGUCAUACAGCUUAAUGAGCAGGUACAUUCAUUAAAACUUGCCCUCGAAGGUGUGGAAAAGGAAAGAGAUUUCUACUUUGGCAAGUUGAGAGAGAUUGAGCUCCUCUGUCAAGAGCAUGGGCAGGAAAAUGAUGACCUCGUGCAGCGACUAAUGGAAGUCCUCUAUGCUUCGGAUGAACACGAGGGCCACCCAGACGAGCCGGAGGCAGAGGAACAAGUCCACGACCAGCAGCCGCCGCAGCAGGAAGAGUACUGAGCGUCCUGGCACCUCUCAACUUCAACUCUGCGUGGGAACUUUUCUUCUGGAGAAACGUGUGGCCUCAAGCUCAGCAGAAACCAGUCGUUCCCAGUCUGCCGUUAACACCAACGCACUGUUGCAUUCGCCAGCCACCGCACUCGGUUCCCGUUUCCUUUGCCAAGACCCGUUAGCAGCCGGCCGCGUGGCGGCCCACCUGAGAGAUCAUGGGGUCACACAUCUUCUACUUCACUUGGCUGCUUGAGAUUGAUUCUGCUCUUUUCAUUUCUUUCCAGAACAACUCUCCCCUCCCCCACCACCAACACCCCCUUUUUAUCCUGGUGUGAAACAAUGGUAAUUUGAUAUAUGGUAUUUAUAUUGGCAUUUCUCAGCCCAGUGUCACUAGAUGUCACACAUUCGUGGUGCUUUGAUGUUUGCAAGUCUAACCUCUGAACAUAAAUUUGGUCAAAUAAUAAAUUGGAGCAAAGGGAAAGAGAUACUUGAUAUGAAAGCCAUAAGGACAGUGACUUGUUUUAUAGGGAAAACCAGUUUCUCCCUCUAUUCCCAACACUAAAGGGAAGAAAAAAGAUGGAAUCAAAACUAGGACUUCAGGGCCCAGUGUUUCUCCCUGAGCAUGUUAGACAACCACACAUGUUUUGAAAGACAUUCACUCAAGGACAACACCAUCUCAACUUAGCCCUCCGACUGCUCGCCCCUCCCUCCCCUACCCAGGUUCUCGUGCUAUUUUCUUUCUCAGGGUCCUCUUUGCUGGGCAGCCCCUCUCCCCGUAAGCUGUCAUCAGUCAGCUCCAGUCCAGAGGGGGUCUGCGGAGGUCCCGGUGCUCCACCCCAAGCCUGUCCUCCACACUAGGGGGCGGCUCUUACAGAACGAGCUGAGGGUGUGCGGCCCGAGCCGCAGGGUCUGCAGCAUGCUGCACACUCGCCGGAAGUGGAGACCUUCUUCCUAGGAACGUCAUUCCAAGGGAGACGCCUGCUUCCCAAGUCUGGUGUUGACACUGGAAUGACAACACAAAAGCUCUAGGACUCCCAGCACCUUCUGAAAUAAGGAAUUUCCCCUCAUUAAUACUAUGGCCCUCUUUGUCAUUGACCUUUGAUAACCGUGGCAAUUCAUAAAGAGAGGAAACAUUAAUGAAUUAAAAGCAUUCCUUAUUUUUUUAACUAAUAUUUGCACAUUUUCUUAGUAUCUUUCCAAAUCUUUGCCUCUUUUAUUCCUUUGACAGAUGGUAUCCCUUCCUGGAACAUUCAUUUCACUUGGUUUCUAAAUUCAGAUUUACUUCACUUGUUAUUUGACUUAGCAGGUGCAACAAAAACAAGUGUGCCCACCCCAUUUGCCUCUUAACUGAAAAGCUUAAAAUAAAUUUCUGAAUUAUGUAUCAUAAA